CAGCAGACAGAUAGCGUACUUUCCCCUUUUAUAAAAUCCUCUUCCAAAACCACUAUUUUUCCCCUCACAAAAGCUUUCAACUCUGAAACAAGACUUGUUUUUUUUUUUUCCUUUGAAUUGUUAGUUUCCGGGGAAGAUGUCGGCGGGACUCGGAAAAUGCAGCAAAAUCCGCUACAUUGUGAGGCUCAGGCAAAUGCUGCUGCGGUGGAGGAACAAGGCUCGCAUGUCGGCCAGCCGCAUUCCGUCUGAUGUGCCGGCGGGACAUGUGGCGGUCUGCGUGGGGAGGAGUUGCAGGAGAUUCGUGGUGCGGGUGACGUACCUGAACCAUCCCGUCUUUAGGAAAUUCCUUAUCGAAGCAGAGGAAGAGUAUGGGUUUAGCAACCAAGGCCCAUUGACGAUCCCCUGCGACGAGUCCGUUUUCGAAGAAGUGAUCCGGUUUAUUUCCCGUUCAGAGUCGGGUCACUCCGAUAGGUUCCUGAACAUCGAAGACUUUAAAGAUAAGUGUCACUCGGAGAUCAGGAGUAAGCUCGAUACGUGGAUAGAAUCUCGACCGUUACUUCACGGAAAAACAAUGUGUUAACCAAAGAAACAGUUGGAAAGAGAAAGGAAAAGUCUUUGAUUCUUACCCGGGGAGGCUAUUCUGAGUCAGUUCCGAGUUAGUUUGAGUGAAGAAUUAAUUAUACAAUACUGACGAAAGUUGAAACCAAUGAGUUUGGCCGAGUCGGGGAGCUUUCACUUACCGUAAGUCACAAGGUAUGUUGGCGGGGUUAUAAUUUCUUUUCAAAAAUUAUUCGUGAUGGGUUAAAAUUGGUGAUACAAUGAGGUGAGGCAACGUACGAAUACCUGAGCAGAAUGCUGACUCGUUAUGCUUGAUGGAGAUGGCAGAGAAGACACGAGUUGGAAUCCGGGAAAAAGAAGGUCUAGGCUUCGAGACGAUGAAUUUCACUAGAAAGAGAAAAGCAAAUGUAGUAAUUUUAAAUCAUUGCUGUAAAUUCUGUGAUAUAUUGAAUGAUGGAGGAAAUGCCUAAUUUUGUAUUUACUAUAAGAUUUAAACUCGUAUCAUUUAUCAACUUUUUUAAAUGAAA